CCAUUGUCGAUAAGCAAUCCCUGAAUUCUGGUGGUUUGGCGGUCUUUACAUUAUUCAUGCUGGAGGGAACGAAAAGGGAAGAACAAAUUAUCAUUCUUCGAAUCCUUACCUAAUCUUCUAAACCCAGGACAGGGUUCUUCAGUGGAACUCCAAAAUGGCUGUUGCUUCAUUAUGUCAAUCCACUAUGCAAUCCCAAGUCAGUGGGUUUGUCGGAGGGCGCACUUUUCAGAAACCACCUAACUCUCAACCUUCAUCUCUUACCUUUUCGAGGAGAAGGUUCAGAAAUGUGGUGAAAGCUUCAGCUCGGGUUGAUAGAUACUCCAAAUCUGACAUCAUCGUCUCUCCCUCAAUCCUCUCUGCCAACUUUGCCAAAUUGGGGGAGCAGGUGAAAGCAGUCGAACUGGCCGGUUGUGAUUGGAUUCAUGUUGACGUAAUGGACGGCCGUUUUGUUCCAAAUAUCACAAUUGGACCUCUUGUUGUUGAUGCUCUACGACCUGUGACAGAUCUUCCUUUAGAUGUGCAUUUGAUGAUUGUGGAGCCCGAGCAGCGUGUUCCGGACUUUAUAAAGGCUGGUGCCGAUAUUGUCAGUGUUCAUUGUGAGCAAUCUUCCACAAUCCAUCUGCAUCGCACCGUUAAUCAAAUAAAAAGUCUUGGAGCUAAAGCUGGAGUGGUCUUAAAUCCUGCUACUUCACUCAGCACAAUAGAAUACGUCCUUGACGUGGUUGAUUUGGUCUUAAUCAUGUCGGUGAAUCCUGGUUUUGGUGGGCAAAGCUUUAUUGAGAGCCAAGUAAAGAAAAUUUCAGAUUUAAGAAGAUUAUGUGCUGAAAAGGGAGUGAACCCAUGGAUCGAAGUGGAUGGUGGAGUCGGUCCAGCCAACGCAUACAAGGUCAUCGAGGCUGGAGCCAAUGCUUUAGUUGCCGGUUCUGCUGUUUUUGGAGCCAAAGAUUAUGCUGAGGCCAUAAAAGGAAUCAAAACAAGCAAAAGGCCGGAAGCAGUUCCAGUAUGAAAGUGACUUGUACAAGAUCUGAGUUGUUUCAGCUGAUAGUAUUAUUGUGUUAUUCAUCCCCAUGUAAGUUGUUCAUUGCACAACAUCUUUAUUGUUUCGAUCAAUGGAGAACAGCUACAUGUCUUUACGAUCUUCGACAUCUCCUUCUAUGAUGCCCCCUGAUCUUUCCACCUUUUUCUUCUUCAAAAUGCAGAGAGAAUCUCCAACUGCACAGGUAGCAGAACAUUGUGUUCUUGAAGCUCUUAUCUCAACCAUGGUUACCACCUCCACAGUUUUAUUCCUUGUGAAAAGAAGCCUGUAGAUUGCCGCUUGAAGAUUUGUUAUGUACUAUAACAUCCCAGUAUAAAUUUGAGUACAAAUUCAAUAAUAUGAACUUGGGAGCAAUAAUAUUCUACUUUCCA